AUGAGUGAGGCCCAAGACCCUGCCUAUGCCCCUGUGGUUAUGACCCAGGUGAGGCUGGGGGGCUGCAGCUGGCAAGGUGGGGGCAAUGGGUUUCUCCAUACCCCGCAGCACCAGGAGCUCCAGGCCUUCCUCAACCUUCUGGAAGACAGCUUUGUUCAAGAUUUCCUCUCCAUAGACCGCUGCUUCCGGAUUUCAGAUAAGUAUCUCCUGGCCAUGGUGCUGGUCUACUUCCAGCGCGCCCACCUGCAGCUCAGCGAGUACACCCACAGCAACCUGUUCUUGGCACUGUACCUUGCGAAUGACAUGGAGGAGGACCUGGAGGAACCGAAAUGUGAGAUUUUCCCAUGGGCCCUGGGAGCAGAUUGGUGUCUUCAGGUGGGGAAAUUCCUGCAGCGGAGGGACGAGCUGUGGGCGCGGAUGGGCUUCCGGGCACUGGUGAGCCGCCAGUGCUGUGAGGAGGUCAUGGCAAAGGAGCCGUCCCACUGGGCGUGGACUCGGGAGCGGCGCCCCCACCACGGUGGGGUUCAAAGGGCCUGUCCGCAGGUCCCAGCCUGCUUCCCCCGAGGCCCCAGCCUGUCACCGCCCCCUUGUUCCCUCUGUGACUUGCCCCAGCAGCGCAGCCACCACCAUCCUUUGCCUGCAUCAUCCAAAUACCCUUCCCUGACCUCGGAGUGCUAUCCUCAUUCCCAAAAUUGUCUCUCAGGGGUCAAAAACCCCUGGGGUGGAGACUUCCUUGUCAUCUUGCCCCCCCAGAUGCAACUGGAGCCAGGCACAUACACCCUCCGCAGUGAGUUGGGGACAGGAGCUGAGGGCCUGGCAGAGCCUGGGAGGCAAGAGUGGGAACCAAGAGAAUGGGAGGGAGGAGCAUGAAGGCUGGGGGCUCAGCUGGUUUCCUCUCUCUCUGAGCCUCAGUCUCCCCUCCCCAGUCUUCCCGAAGCCUUCCUCAUGCCCCAGGCGCUGAUGCUCCGCAGGAGGAAGAACAGCCUGCCGCUGGCCACCGACCCUCUACUGGCUGUUCCCCAACCUCCAGCGUCCUGUCUUUGGGGUCUCAGGCUGGCAGUGACACCCCCACCCCUUCCUCCCAACC